AACAUUUUGGGAGUUAAAAGAAAAGGAAAAAUACGCAAAUAGUGUUGUUAAUAAGUUUUUAUUUGUGAAAUGGUUUGUGAACAAUAAAAUAUAAUAAUCAAGAUGAAGUUGCGGUGGAACUUUGUUGUACAAUUGUUUAUUUUAUUUGUUUUCGCGACUUGCGUCGAUGCAGUACAGAGGUUCAUUGAAAUGCCAACGUACACGGAGGUGAAUCCAGGCGAAGAUGCUCUUCUGAAAUGCAGGAUAUCUGAUAAAAAAGGCGUUUGUUCCUGGCAAAAGGAUAAUAAGCCAGUUGGAAUAUAUAGAGGAAAGUAUGAAUGGGCCAAUGAGAACAGUCCAGUUGGGGGGGACUGCUCGCUUUGGGUGCGAGCCGCUACACUGCAGCUGGAUGAUGGACAGUGGCAGUGUCAAGUUACAGCCAGCAACUACGACGUCCAGGAUGCCCUCUCUAGUCCGCCAGCAGCUUUAGCCGUCAGGGUACCACCGCAGUCUCCUCGGAUCCUGUUCAAUGGUUCCCACGUAAUGCCAGGCCAGAACAUCACGGUACCAGCUGGGAACAGAGCCACCGUGGUCUGCGAAGCCAGAUAUGGAAAUCCUCCUGCGUACAUCGAGUGGUAUUUGGAAAAAGAACGUCUAACAGCAUGGUCGCAGACGAAUGCUUCUGAAGUAGAGAGACCACGAGUGUGGGCAGCUCGGUCAGUACUGGAGUUGGGAGCUACAAGGUCAGCCCAUGGUCGCCAGCUGGCUUGCAGAGCUCAUCAUCCCUCUUACCCAUCUCCUUACUACAGGGACUCUUAUACCAUGCUGGAUGUGACUUUUGUUCCAGUAGUUUCCAUAAUAGGUGGAGAUGCCAGUACGCUAGCGAACUUGGAAGAAGGUUCCAGCGCCCUCACUCUGGAGUGCCGAGCUGAUGGUAACCCAAGUCCUUACGUGUGGUGGACCAAGAAUGGACAAGUCAUUGCUACGAAUGGAGCUAAGCUAAUACUAGCACCUGUGUCUAGGAAUCAUUCUGGUAUCUACGGCUGUCAAGCAAGGAACUCGCUAGGAACUUCGGAUUCAGUGAAGAUUGAAAUUGAUAUUAAAUAUCCUCCUCGAGUGUCCUGGGUUGGGCCCGACACGGUGGUAGAAGCGAAUCUGUUCUCUCAAGUUACGCUGGAGUGCAAGGCUGAGGGCAAUCCUCCUCCGUCGUACACCUGGUAUCAUAGCCCUGCAUCUUCAGCUCGCAUAAACUCUCUUCAAGAUGGCGCGUACCCGAUCUCCAUGACACCACAACUUCAACUGCAUAACGUGUCAUAUGACCAACAUGGCCGCUACACCUGCGUGGCCACCAAUCAGAUAGGACUAGAAGACAGGAGCCACCAAUCUGAAGCAGUUACUCUGAAUGUGCUGGGUCCACCAGUGGGGGCAGACACCGGCGCAGCGCACGCAUGGAGCGGGCACGAGGCUCGGGUGGCUGCCACCGUCUGUGCUGACCCGCCACCGCGCCGGGCCGCCUGGCUCUGGGGCAGUCUCCGCCUUGAUGUGCCAUCACAAAUUGGACGCUACCGAACCAUUGAGCCUGCGACGGACGGGGGCUGCUACCGCUACACUCUCCUGAUCUCCAACACCGGGGUGGCGGACGCAAGAGUCUACGUCCUGCACGUCGAGAAUGAGAGAGGCUUCUCCUCUCAUGCUGUGUCUCUCACUGUUCAUGAUAAUUUUUCGCUAACAGAGACUGCACACGUGGCUCCGCUGAUCGCGGCCGCGCUUGUAAUUGCAGCUCUGUUGGUCAUAGUGCUGUGUCUCAUCAUCCGGUGUCGGAGACGAAGGGAAAGCGUCGAAUAUAAGACUGAAGAUUUAGAUAGCGAAAAAGCAGCUUUGCCAGCAGACGCAGUAUACACGCCGCGCGAGCCGCCACGGCCGGCGAUGGUCGGUGGCGUGGGCUCGGUGGCCGGCAUCGCAGGCGGCGGCGGGGCGGGCGCGGGCGCGGGCGGCGCGCGGUACUCGCCGGGCGCGCAGCAGGUGCGCCGCGCCGCCGUCGUGCUGCAGCCCCCCACCACCGUGUGA